AUGGCGCCCUCCUUGCGUUUGUCACUGAGAUGCUUCAAUCUGCAGCCUAUUCAAGAACUUCCAGAGCUCAAGAGCAUAUUGGCUGUGCAAAACCUGGUGACAACAAUUCCAAAACAGCCCAAGCCGCUCCAUUUCAAGGCCUUCAAUCGGUGGAUAGAGACGUAUUGCUGCAAACACUCAUUAGAUAGUGAGUCGAAACUUGACGAGGGCGACUUUAACGCUUUCAUGAAAGAGGCAGGCAACUAUCUACUUAAAUUGGAAGAAGAAGCAUUUCAAGAUUGCAGGAAAAUCGGGUUAAUGAUGGACGAGGAGCUUAGUAGCCCCAAGACUGAUGCUUUUGCGGAGGCAGUUAAGGUAAAAUUGUCUCGACACAUGUGCAAACAGGAUGCCACUACAUUUGGGCUGCUAGACAAAGACAAGGAUGGCUUUGUAUGCACUGAGGACGUCAAACUUUUCUUGCAGGUAACAGCGCAUGGCAACGGAGCGCAUUGGCUAAAACGUCAAUUCCAGCUAUACGAUGAUGACGGCGACGAGAUGGUAAACGAGGCGGAAUCAAAAAGCAUUUUAAAUUCUAUGGUUGCUACACAGAAGGCUGUGAUGACUGAGAUUUUCGCUAAUCACGUUGAACAUAUGCCCAAAAAGUGUAGCAAGCACUUUACUAAAAGUAUGGUAGAGGUAGAUUUCAAGACUAAUAUUCCGGAAAAAAUGCGUUGUGUUUUUCACUUCGCCAACAAGCUAGACAAGGAAUGCAGAUCCUGCAACUGGGAAAUGUUUCUGGAUUCGCAGAAGUCAGAAUUUUUAGAGCUGCAUAAUCUUAUUGCUAUAUAUGCAAAAGGUUUCUAUGAUGAAAGGUUUACUUUUUAUCAGCGCAAGCAGGACAACCAGAAACUGCGAUACAAAGGUUUAGGGCUCGCUGCCGCCAUUGUUUUGGGCGACUAUCUUGCAGCCGUAAUCUAG